AUGCACCUCACCAUAUUGUCCCGCAGAAUUCCCACAUUGACUCACGCUCAGUUCCACCAUGAAUUUAGCGUUGUCCACGCCGAGCAAACCUUGUCCAUCGCCCAAAACCUGGGUAUCAUUCAUGAGUACGAGCAAGGUCUAGCCCUGCCUAUUCUCGAGCAACCAGGCUUAGAAAGGACCGCUCUCUUUCCUCUGCAGGAAACAGCUGACUAUGACGCCUUUGCUCGAUUGACAUGGCCUAGCGUAGAGGUCAUGCAAGGUUCGUUCACGACGGAGGGCUACCGCGAAUCAGCUGGAAAACAUAUCUUUUUUUAA